UCCACUGCUUCGGCUGUGAACAGCUGUGGGCGGGGCGGGCGAGUGACGUAACGUGCCACAGGCUCGGGUGACUUUUUGUUGCUAAACGGGUUGUCGGCUGCAGGCGACGAUGAUGUGGCUGCUGUUGUCUUUGGGGCUGCUUGCACCCGGGCUGGUCCAUGGAAGGGUGUUCAACAAGAAAGGGCUGGACCCUGAAGUUAAUAUGAACAUAAGUGAGAUCAUCAGGCGCUGGGGUUAUCCAGCAGAAGAGUUUGAGGUGGUCACGCAAGACGGCUACAUCCUGAGCGUCAACAGAAUCCCACACGGCAUCAAAAACAAGGCCUGGCAAGCUCCGAAGCCUGUGGUGUUCCUCCAGCAUGGUCUUCUGGCUGCUGGGAGUAACUGGGUUACCAACCUCCCAAAUACCAGCCUCGGCUUCAUCCUGGCUGAUGCAGGCUUUGACGUGUGGCUGGGUAACAGCCGAGGGAACACCUGGUCAAGAAAACAUGUCAUCCUCACUCCUGACCAAAAUAAAUACUGGGAGUUUAGCCAUGAUGAAAUGGCUAAGAAGGACCUUCCAGCAGUGAUAAACUUCGUCACAAAGACCACAGGACAGGAGAAGAUCUUCUAUGUUGGCCAUUCUCAGGGAACCACUAUUGCCUUUAUGGCAUUUUCCACAAUGCCACAGCUGGCUAGCAAAAUCAAGAUGUUUUUCGCUCUGGCCCCUGUAGCCACAGUAGCCUUCACAGGCAGUCCAAUGACCAAACUGAGCGUCUUCCCAGAACCGUUGAUUUGGGACCUCUUCGGAAGGAAAGACUUUUUUCCCCAAAAUGAACUCAUCAAGUUUUUCGCCACCAAGUUUUGCUCUAAGAAGCCAAUCAGUGUGUUGUGUGGGAACAUAUUCUUCCUCCUGUGUGGCUUUGAUGAGAAGAACCUGAACAUGACCAGAACGCCUGUGUACACAACACACUGCCCAGCUGGAACAUCUGUCCAGAACAUGGUGCACUGGUCUCAGGCUGUGAAUAGUGGGAAACUGAUGGCAUACGACUAUGGAAAAGCUGGAAAUAUUGUUCAUUACAACCAGACAACCCCUCCUGAGUACAGCGUGGAGGACAUGAAGGUGCCCACAGCACUGUGGUCAGGAGGACACGACACCCUGGCAGACCCACAGGACGUUGCAGUGCUGCUCACACAGAUUCCUAACCUGGUGUACCAUCGCCACAUUGAGCACUGGGAGCACUUGGACUUCAUCUGGGGGCUGGAUGCUCCACAGGAGAUGUACAACGAAAUGAUCAAACUCAUGAGAGAGCACAUGUGACCGUUGCCUUUUAGCUUUCAGCUUUAAGCUACUGUGCUAAAAAGCUUCCUGACCUCUCUCAGGGUUUUAUAUGCUGAUUUCUUUUUUAACUGUAAAACAACCACCAGCACAAAGGUUUGCAUUCCAUUCUGUGGGCUGCAAGGAAUGUCAGCAAAGGCCCAAGUAGCAAUUGUUCUGCUUUUUAAUGUUUAUUUUAUAUCUAACACAUGAUUUGUUUACUGAUGGUGCUGCUAACAUGCAAGCUGCUGUCUUUGUGAAUGUAUGUGUCUUUGAGUCUUUGAUGAGCCAUCUGUCAGUAAGGUUACUCUAUGUACUUCUUACACUAGCUCUCCACCAGAUGGACCUUUCUUAAGAUUUUCUUCUACAUGGAUUUGCUUGAUUUUAGCCUCUAAUUGCAACAUAAUCUGUGAUUUUUUUAUUUUAUUUCUGUUUUACUUGAUCUGAGUGCACUGACCAUGACAUGCCUUUCUUCUUAGAAUCGGUGGAUUUAAACCUAAUAAACAUCCACUGAUACAAUAAAAUGUAUAUUACAUUAAUCAAAGACUCAAAGGGAAAUUGGUGCAACAUUAAAGGAGCUUUACACAUACUUAAAACUACAUAAUUAAAAAACGAUAAUCGAUAUUGAAUACUAUGAUAAUUUAAAGAAGUGCUUAUGUUAUGCAAAUUAUUGUUGUAAACAUCAACUGAUUAACAGUCUGGUAAAUAAUGCAGGGAAAUAUGCAAAUAAAGCAAAGAAACUUCA